GCGGAUGACAGUUAAAAACGCGUUGAACAUCGAUGCGCUGUUGCCCGGGCACAGGCGCUGAGAGCAGACACCGACAAUAACUGGAGCAUGUUCGACGGGGACAGUACUAUCAAUGAUUGUUAUGCAAUGGCCAAAUCGAUAACAACAACAACAACAACAACAACAACCAGAGCAACAACAAGAGCAACAGCAUCGGCAACAGCAACAAUUACUGCGAUACACACACGCAAAGGCACAACGACACUCACAUUUGUGUUGCUCUUAAUUUUGUGCUGUCUAUGUGAUUACAAUUAUGGCAGCUGGGCCUCGCAGUGCUGGAAGAAGCACAACUCGGGCUCGAUACAAACGCCGGAUGGUGAGUUCAAGCGCCCGUUCGGCAUACUCUGCACAUAUCGCUGCUUCCUCUGGUUUCCGCCAAUCUAUCCGUAUUGCGAGUUCAUCUUUGAUUUGCGCUUGUCGAGGCACUUCACAUCGUUUCCGGACUGCUAUGAGAUACGCUGUAAUGAGACGUUUACGUUCUUUGGCAGCGAGCCCAACUACUGAUCGUCAGCCUGGUUCCUGCUCUUGCCCAACUAUCGAUAACUCAAGUGUAUUGCAUAUGCAUAUGCGAGGUAGAAAUAUGGAUAUAAAGAGUGUUCCAGCUAUGAUAUGAUUGUAUAUCCUGUGGAAUUGUGUUA